UGUUUAAAAAAUUCAUAAAAAAUAAAUAUUAAUUUCUUUCAAAAUCCGGUAGACAAAACGGGAGAUAAGAGAUUGAAGAACCGAUAGCCGUUUGUCUUAUAAUUCUAUCUGUAGAGCAAAAAAAGCAGAUACGAUUCAAAACUUGUAAAAAAUCGAUGAAAAACCCGAUAACUGACACUGUUUGUCACCAAUGUAAUAUCAAGUUCAUAGGCAGUUAAUAUUUCUUGCAGAGCUGAAACUAUGGACGCUGCUGCUUCAUCCGUGGCGCAAGUAAAACGCAUUCAAGCCGCCUUCCAGGUGCUUGCAUUAUUGCAGAUGACAGCCAUAUAUUAUCCGAAGCAGGCGAUAGUGCAAGAUGGUGAUCCUUAUAGUUUCAUAGUAGUAGGUGGUGGAACCGCUGGCUGCGUGCUUGCUAAUCGAUUAUCUGAAGACAGCCGCUUUAACGUCCUGCUCAUUGAGGCUGGUGGGGACCCGCCUCUCGAGUCAAAGCUUCCAGGUUUGAUGGGUUACAUUCAAGGAACACCACAAGACUGGAACUACACCGAGCAAUAUGACAAAAACAGGGACAUUUACCAAAACAACCAUGUUUUGCCAUUGACACAAGGGAAAAUGCUCGGUGGGGGAAGCAGUGCUAACUUUAUGUACUAUGUUAGAGGAAAUCCUCAUGAUUACAACUUAUGGGCACGUGCUGUUGGAGAUCCAUCCUGGGACUAUGAACAUGUCCUACCGUACUUCAAAAAAAGCGAACGUAUGGAUGAUCCUGGUAUCCUUAAUUCAAAAUACAGAAAAUAUCAUGGCACGAGCGGCUACCUACAUGUAACAAAGCAACCUCAUCAAGAAGCUACUGAAUAUCUUAAUAUGUUUCAUGAAUUAGGGUACAAAAUACUUCUAGAUGUAAAUGGUAAUGAGCAGUUAGGUUAUGGUGAAGCUUCAUUGACUAUCGCUGAAGGAGUACGGCAGAGCACGGCCUAUAGUUUCCUCAGACCAGUUAAAGACCGCCAAAAUCUACACGUUCUCAAGCAUACACUAGUUACUAAAAUACUUUUCGACAAAUUUAAAAAUGCUAUCGGUGUAGAAGCUUUAGCAGAAGACGGCAAGUUGAUAAAAAUAAUCGCGGAUAAGGAGGUAAUAGUAACUGCUGGUGGAUUUAACUCUCCAAAAUUGCUCAUGCUUUCGGGAAUAGGUCGUAAGGAGCACUUGGAAUCUUUGGGUAUAAAUGUAAUCUCUGAUCUGCCGGUCGGACAAAAUUUACAGGACCAUCCGACUGCUUUGGUAGCGUACAAGUUUAAAAAGUCAAGUGCUCCAUCACAGCCUCAAAAUAACGGUUUGUUUCCCGCUGUUUCUAUGGCAGGAUACGUGGCAUUGAAUAAAUCGCAAAUGUAUCCAGACUACCAGUCCAUUUGUUUUCACAUUCCAAAUGAUUCAUCUGCAGCAUUAACCUUAUGUUCUUUUAAUUUUGCACUUGAUUAUAACACAUGUCAAGCUAUUUAUGAAGCCGGUAAAGGCAGGGAGAUAUUUUUUUGUGUACAAAAUCUAUUAAACCCUAAAUCACGUGGGAAAAUUGAGCUCGCAAGCGCAGAUCCUAAAGAUCAGCCUUUAAUUUUCUUAAGAACGUAUUCAGAAGAAGAAGACUUGGAAAAUUUGGCGAAGGCUUUUGAAAAAUUGGACGAGAUUAGAAGUUCGAAGUAUUUUAAAACUGUUGCUGGCGAAAUUGUUGAUCAUAAGUUACCGCGGUGUAAGGGGAUGGUAUUUGGGACGAGAGAGUAUUGGCGAUGCCAUGUGUUGAGCACGAGGAUGGUGAUGUAUCAUUUCUCCGGCGCAUGCGGCAUGGGUCGGGUGGUUGACCCGAGGCUGCGCGUGUACGGCGUUAAGCGCCUGCGCGUCGCUGACAGUUCUACCAUUCACAGCAUCCCCAGUGGCAAUAUUAACGCUCCUGUCAUUAUGAUUGCCGAAAAGGCAGCGGACAUUAUCAAAGAAGAUAAUAAUGUGUGACAUAUAAAAGUAAUGUAUGUGUCGGCGGCCGAUAGUAAGAUCAGGCAGAUCGUAAUGUUCCUGUGUAAUGUUUUGACGAUAGUCACAUUAAACCAAUAUAUAGGUAGGAUAGGUUCGUUAGGUUACUUCAGAUGCCCGGAGGGCAAACUGCCCAGAAAUAGGAGCCCCGCGUAGCUGGGCUCCGUCUACUCAGGGAACGAGUCAUAGAUUUUCACGUUUCACGAUUUCACGAUAUGCCGCCGACAUAUGCGUUAUAAGAACGAUUUUACGCCUUGAUUACAAUGUAUUCUUAAAAUUACUAAGCUAUUAAAUUACUUCGCUCCAUUUGUACAUUUCAUUUAGAAGCAUAAAUAUUGAUAAUGCAACAAGACAAGUGCCAACAAAGUUCUCUUGAAAUUAAGACUUUGUUAUGUUGUAACCAUGUUGUUUAUAUGGUAAAUUCUUAAAUUAAAGUGAAUUUGGUUGUUUUCAGUAUCAGUAUUGAUAGUUCAGAAAUCUAAGGUUUAAGCUAAAUAAUUUUACCGUUGUUUGGUUAACUGAAUUAUAUUUUCCUGUAAUUGAACUACUUUUAAGCUUGCAGGACUUACUUUCAGAUACACAGUGACUGAAACUACAUAGAACAAUGCGACAGACACCGAAACAUAUUGUCUGUAUUAAUAUCAAUAGAUAAUAAACCGUUUCUAUUCUACGCCGUUUUUUUAAUCAAAACAACCCGUUUCAAUUGUUUGUCGCUUCUUUGUUUUCUAAAACAAUUAUAAUUGUGAGUAACAUAAUAUCAUAAUACUCGUGUAUUUCACAAUACCUAGAAAAUAUUUUGUUUAUCUACCGUUAGAAACGUUACGUUAGUGCAUUAUUUAAUAAGAGAUCUGUGAGUGAACAUGUUUCGUAUUCACCAGGUGGUACUUGGGUAAUUCGGGUGAUCGUCGGAUACAGAUUGAAAGGUAAUUUUCCAAUUAAACUACAAUAAUUAUACUUGUAUCUAAAGAUUACGCAGGACAUUGUUUUACAAGCUUUUCUAUUUUAUAUGUCCGGUUAGUACCUAUGUUAAUCUGGAUCAAAUUUUGGAAGCUAUAUUUUUUCAUACGUAUGUAGAUCGGAUAACAAUACAAUUAUGCAAUAUUAUGAUCACAUGGAGCCGAUCUGACGAUGGGCCAGGAGGUAGCCAGGGGAACUCUGUGAUAAAAUAACGUAAUCGUGUUUGAGGUUCUUAGAAUUGUCUCAAUUGUGCCAAUAAUGAAAUAUUUUACCAAAAACUUAUUUUUAUUAGUAUUACAUAAAUGUACCAUAUUGUAUCUGUGGAUCUUGCUGACUUUGCUUUUAUAAGUACGACUUUAAUAAUAUAUAAGUAUAAUUAUGAGUUAUCUGUCAGCAACCAUACAUAACUAUAACAAGAAAAAGUCAUAGUGAAACUACAGAAAUAACUUUUAGAGAAUGUUUUAGAUUAUUAUUAUUUAAAAAAUAAUUAUAAUUAUUUAUUUUCAGAUAAUUACAGUCCAUAGUUGUUAGUACUAACUUACAAGCUAUGUUAUGUUAUGUUAUGUUAUGUUACGUUUAGAUACUUAAAUCGUUCUUAAUCUUUGUAAAUUUUGUUGUCCAAUGGUGUAUUCGUGCCCUGUAAUCCAAGUAUUUUAAAGUACAUUUUUAAAGUUUUUUUGUUUCAUAUACGUUUAUAAAUUCAAUUCGAUUGCCUUAUCUGUUUUAGGUUCUUGAUUAGACAUAUUAAACAUAUUUUCUUUACGGAGUGACUGAACCGCUUCUUUAAUUAGUGGUACCGAUUUGCAUUUAUCUUCAGUUAAAUCAUGGACGUUGCAUUAGCUUUGACGAGAAUAAGAAGAAUUCAAGCUGCCUUCUAUAUGCUUGUCGGCUUACGACUUACCGCUGUAAAUUUUCCCGAAUCAGCGACCGUCUCAGACCGCGACCGCUUUACUUUUAUAAUAGUUGGAGGAGGGACUGCAGGUUGCGUUCUUGCUAAUCGACUGUCAGAGUGGAGCCGGUUCAACGUACUGCUCAUCGAAGCUGGUGGUGACCCACCUUAUGAGUCCAUGAUUCCAGGAUUAGUCGGCUACCUUCCAAAAACGCCAAACGACUGGAACUUUACAAACCAAUACGAGAAAAAACUAGAGAUAUACCGAAACGAUUCAGAACUCUACAACUACGUAACGGAACUAGAACCGAGGUUGUCACUGACACAAGGCAAAAUGUUGGGUGGGUCCAGUGGCAACAAUUUCAUGAUUUAUACUAGAGGACAUCCUCACGAUUACAACUCUUGGGCAGAAAAAAUCAGGGAUUCGUCCUGGGAUUACGAACAUGUAUUACCGUACUUCAAGAAGAGUGAACAUUUAAGUGAUUCUGGGAUUCUUGAAUCUAAAUACGGGGAAUUCCACGGAACUAAAGGCUAUUUACAUAUCACCAGAGCCAAGGAUCCUAUAAUCAAAGAUUAUGUUUCUAUGUUUCACGAAUUGGGACAUAAAAAUCGCAUUGACUUCAAUAGCCAUGAAACUCUAGGAUUUGGUGAAGCUACUUUUGCAAUUUACAAAGGAGUUCGACAGAGUACAGCUUAUAGUUUCCUCAAGCCAAUUAAACAUCGACAUAAUUUGCGCGUGCUUAAGAAUACAUUGGUUACCAGAAUCCUAUUUGAUAAAUAUAGUAAUGCUAUAGGAGUUGAAGCUUUGACUAUAGACAGAGAAUUAAUCAAGAUAAUGGCAGAUAAGGAAGUAAUAAUAACUGCUGGGGCAUUUAACACACCCAAGUUACUCCUGCUCUCUGGCAUUGGUCCCAAAGUAGACUUAAUAAAUUUAGGUAUAGAAUUAGUUUCUGAUGUACCAGUUGGACAACAUUUUAAAGAACAUCCACCAGUUUUAGUUGCAUACAAAAUGAAAUGGUCCACUGACGUAAAACCAACAAAUUACGCAAAAUAUCCAUUUCCUACUAUAAUAGGUUUCAUAGCACUUAACAAUACCCAUAAUUAUCCAGACACUCAGUCUAUAUGUUACAUCAUUGCUAAUAAUCCGGAUGCUGCGUUAUCAUUAUGCUCUUUUAAUUUUGGCCUUAGUAAAGAUACAUGCCAAGCCCUUUACGAAGCUAGUAAAGGGAGAGAGAUAUUAUUAUGUAUACAAAUUCUGCUGCAUCCCAAAUCAAGUGGCACUAUUAAGCUCCGAAGUACAAAUCCUGAAGAUGAUCCUUUAAUCUAUCUAAGAACUUACACAGAGAAGCGAGAUGUAGAAAUGAUGGUUGACGCUUGUAGAGAGUUGGAUAAAAUCAGGGCUUCAAGAUUUUAUAAGAGUGUUUAUGGCGAGGAGCUUCAUCUUAAAGAACCUAAAUGUGAAGGGUUGAGAUAUGGGACUAGGGGAUACUGGCGUUGUCGGAUCUUAAGCACAAGAUGGUCGAUGUGGCACUACAGCAGCUCAUGCGCCAUGGGCCGUGUCCUGGAUUCCAAUCUGCGUGUGGUUGGAGUGCAAAAGUUGCGCGUGGCGGACAGCUCCGCUAUGCCCAGCAUUCCUCGUUCAAACAUUAUGGCACCCGUCAUUAUGAUCGCGGAGAAGGCUGCUGACAUAAUUAAGGCAGAUCAUUAUAGUCAUUAA